AUGGGUCGAACACAAAGCACACUAUCCACGUCAACGAUAGGCCGGCCAUUCGUCGUUCAAUAUAAUCUCUUUCUGGCACUGCAAGAGUUUCGGAGAAGCGAAGACUUUGUGGAAGGCCGGAAGCGGAUGCUUUGGGCGGAUGCAAUCUGCAUUAAUCAGUAUGACCUCGACGAGCGAGCUACCGAGGUCAAAAGAAUGAAUGAGAUUUUCAGCACUGCAACCAAGUCGAUGGUCUGGCUCGGAACGUCCCUUGACAUCAAAGGCGCAGAUACGAAAGUCUACUUUGACCUCAUCGGGCGUCUCUUAGACAGUCUCUAUCGCUUGGCGCUCUCGGAUGACUCGUCGAUGGACUCCUUACAACUAGCAUCAACUGAGACCGUUCCAUCAGAAGCUAGAUGUAUGGAUGAGCAUGAUCCUGAAAACCAGGGAACCCGUACAGUGUCGGAGAAAGCUCUUGUUGUGAUUUCACAGUUCAAUCCUCCAGAGCGUCCUCCCAUCUCUCUACUUGAAACGCUGUCCGCUGACGAGCGCCUACUGGCCAUGCUGUCUCCCAUAUUCCGCCUCGAUUAUUGGAAUCGGGUUUGGAUAAUUCAGGAGCUCACUGUCAGCUCUAGUCAGACAGUCGUACGAGCAGGGUCCUCAACGAUCUUGUUCGAGCGACUGUCUUGGUUUGCAGAAUGGUUUGUCAAAGCUACUAUAUUUAACCCAGCUUGGUCACCCGAUGACGAGUACACGAGGACCUUCAUGAACACGCUUCUUCUACUCAAUACGAUCUAUGAAGCUCGGCUCCAACGUGGACCCGACGAGCCGGGGACAAGUCCCGAACACCUUUUGAUACUACAAGGCCUCAUGUCUCGCUCGUCUAUACCCCUGGACAAGCUAUACGGAGUGCUAUACGGAGUGCUAGGCCUGUUGCAGCCGGCUACGUAUCUUGGAAUUGAUGUUGACUAUACGAAGUCUGUUCGAAAGGGCUCGAUUGAUGCGGCGAUUGCUUUGAUUCGUGUUGGGGAAAGUCUCGGGUGUUUUGACAUACGCAGAGAAUUUCAAAGCUUACAAGUGCCUUCUUGGGCACCAGACCUUUCGACAGAUCAUGAUCUAUUUUCGAGUAUCGCGAUGUACGUUUAUAUGAGAGAUUCAGCUGCGAUCCCUGAGGUAGACUGGGAAGCCUUUUGGGAGCGUCAACUUGGACUGAGUGAUCAAGGCAUCUUGAGUCUUAAAGCCACAUACCUGGACACAGUUGAUGGAGUUGCGGCUUGUGUGCCUGUAAACAGUGGAAGUCUGGAAAGCUCGUCUCAGAAGCUUUUUCUGCCAAGAACCAUUGAUUAUUCAAUGAUGCAGCCGACACGACUUUGUCACUCUUACAGGGAUGACUCGGAGAUGCUAGUCCAUCUGGAUGCGAUUCUGCGCCAGAUUCCGAAUUGGGAGACGGAUGAGUUCAAAAGCAAAUACUAUGCCGAGGGGUUACCUGACGCCUUUAAACUCGGUCUUCUUGCAGUGAGUUUGGAGCUGGCCAGUAAUGGUUCGUCUGUAUCGAUACCCUUCGGAGUUUCGGCAGGGACAGCCACGGAGUUGGCUCUCUUGAAGCAGUUCCUUGAUGCUAGUGUCGACUUCAUACUUUGGAAAGAAGCUAUCAUUGUUUUUUCCCGGAAUUGGGCAGAAGCCAGGGCCCUCGAUCUCAGCAUCCCAAAAGUCGGACUCAGCAAACCUCUUAGACACGGAUGA